GGGUCAGUUGCUGGGGAUCUCUCUGCCCAGCGCUGUGCUGGGAGCUCAGAGGAGUGGUUUUAGUGGAACCUGAGAAAGUAGGUGACGGCUCACAUGGAGUCGCUUUGCCUAUCCACGUGCUGGCCAGGGGUUGGUGCAGGAUGUUUGCACGGUUGGUUUACUGGGAUGGAAUCAGACAGGGGCACGUGGAGCAGCUCAGGAAGGGCUGGAUUGCAGCACUGGGUUAAGAGUGGCGGUCGGGGACACAUCCCUGUGUGCUUUCCUCUGUACCCGGCCCCUGGCAUGGGGCCUUCAUGGAGAGUCCUGGAGAUUUAGAGAAUCCGGGGGCUCAGCAAGGAAUUGGCCCUGGGCACUUCUGCAGCCAAGUGGGACCCAGAUCCCUCCUUUUACAGACUGUGGACUCUGUUCCUCAUUUUGUUUUUCUACCGCAACCACCUCACCCCAUGGUUGUAUUUAGAAGGGUGCAGUUGACAAAAAGAGCACAGUAGAGUGAAAGAUCUGGAGGGAUAAGGGGUCUUUGGUUUUUUUUUUCUUUUUUUUUUUUUAGCAUUUUGUGAUUUUGUCAGUCUGCCACUCAAAAGAGGUGACGGCAGAUUAUAGCCAGCUAGAAACAGCUGCAAAACGUGUAUUGUGAGCUGUGCCUCACUUCUGUAGUGUGUCACAAUGCUUUAUAGUCCUCAAGAAACUUGACAGUCAAAUGCAAUGCAUGUUCCUUGCUUAGGGGAUAGAUCCAAAAAAUUGAUAAAGGGCAGUUUGGGACAAGAGGAAAUUUGAAAAUGGGCUGUAUCUUAGGUCAUAUUGCAUCAAUAGGAAAUUUAUUGUGUGUGAUAAUACUACUGUGAUUAUGUAAGAGAAUAUCCACAGGAGAUACAAGCUGAAGACUGUAGAGUGAGACAUCAUGAUGUCUGCAACUUACCUUCAAAUGGUUCAGCAAAAAAAAAUGAAUCGGUGAGUUUCAAGGAUGUGGCUGUGGACUUCACCCAGGAGGAGUGGGGUCAACUAGACUCCCCUCAGAGGGCCUUGUACCGGGAUGUGAUGUUGGAGAACUACCAGAACCUUCUUGCCCUAGGAGCAGGACCUCCACUGCACAAGCCAGAUGUGAUCUCUCAUCUGGAACGAGGCGAGGAGCCAUGGAGCAUGCAGAGGGAAGUCCCUGGAGGGCCCUGUCCAGAACGGGAGCUGAAGGCGGUGCCCUCUCAACAGCAGGGCAUUUGCAAAGAAGAAGCGGCCCAGGAACCCAUCAUGGAGCGGCCCCUGGGCGGGGCUCAGGCGUGGGGGCGCCAGGCAGGUGCUCUGCAGAGGAGUCAGGCUGCGCCCUGGGCGCCCGCACCUGCCAUGGUCUGGGAAGUGCCUGCAGAGGAAUUCCCCCUCAGGUGUCCCCUCUUCGCCCAGCAACGUGUUCCCGAGGGGCGACCCUUGCUGGACACACUCAAGAACGACCAGGCCACGGAGGGCAGAACCAAGUCCCCCGCGAGACUGUGUGCAGGGGAAAACCCCUCCACGCCAAGUGAGCCGGAAAAGUUCCCCCAGGCGCGCCGGCAGCGCGGGGCGGGCGCCGGGGAGGGCGAGUUCGCGUGCGGGGAGUGCGGGAAGGCGUUCCGCCAGAGCUCCUCCCUCACGCUGCACCGGCGCUGGCACAGCCGGGAGAAGGCUUACAAGUGCGAUGAAUGCGGCAAGGCCUUCACCUGGAGCACCAACCUUCUGGAGCAUCGGCGCAUCCACACCGGUGAGAAGCCGUUCUUCUGCGGCGAGUGCGGGAAGGCCUUCAGCUGCCACUCGUCCCUCAACGUGCACCAGCGCAUCCACACGGGCGAGCGGCCCUACAAGUGCAGCGCCUGCGAGAAGGCCUUCAGCUGCAGCUCGCUGCUCAGCAUGCACCUGCGGGUGCACACUGGCGAGAAGCCCUACCGGUGCGGCGAGUGCGGCAAGGCCUUCAACCAGCGCACACACCUCACACGCCACCACCGCAUCCACACGGGCGAGAAGCCCUACCAGUGCGGCUCCUGCGGCAAAGCCUUCACCUGCCACUCUUCCCUCACCGUGCACGAGAAGAUCCACAGCGGGGACAAGCCCUUCAAGUGCAGCGACUGCGAGAAGGCCUUCAACAGCCGCUCGCGCCUCACCCUCCACCAGAGGACGCACACGGGCGAGAAGCCCUUCAAGUGCGCCGACUGCGGGAAGGGCUUCAGCUGCCACGCGUACCUGCUCGUGCACAGGCGCAUCCACAGCGGCGAGAAGCCCUUCAAGUGCAACGAGUGCGGCAAAGCCUUCAGCUCCCACGCCUACCUCAUCGUGCACCGGCGCAUCCACACAGGCGAGAAGCCCUUCGACUGCAGCCAGUGUUGGAAGGCCUUCAGCUGCCACUCGUCCCUCAUCGUGCACCAGCGCAUCCACACCGGUGAGAAGCCCUACAAGUGCAGCGAGUGCGGCAGAGCCUUCAGCCAGAACCACUGUCUCAUUAAACAUCAGAAAAUCCACUCCGGGGAGAAGUCGUUUAAGUGUGAGGAAUGUGGGGAGAUGUUCAACUGGAGCUCGCACCUCACUGAGCACCAGAGGCUGCACAGCCAGGGGAAGCCCUUGGCCAUCCAGUUCAACAAACACUUGCUCAGCACCUACUACGUGCCUGGCAGCCUGCUGGGUGCAGGGGAUGCUGGACUGAGGGACGUGAACCCCAUCGACGCGCUGGAUGUGGCAAAGCUCUUGUGCGUGGGUCCCCCCCGAGCUGGCAGGAAUUUCUCCCUGGGGAGCAAACCUCGAAACUAGCAUGAUGUGCUUUGGUGUCAGUAGCCGCUUUCUGAGCUACACAACAAGGAAAGCACCCUGACCCUCCCUGGCUCCUAGAUCCAGACCACCUUCCUCCAGGUGUGGGAGCCUUGCCUUAUCACCCCAAUCAGGUCUGCAUGCCAGGGUGCCUCCUCUAGUUAAAGUCAGUCACCUCCCCAGAAGGGCCACACUCCAGGAGGAGAGUUGAGAGUCAUUUGAGGUAGUCUUGCCACCUGUUUUCCUUGAUGGGCCUGGAAGUUGUUGACAAGGGGAAAGAUCUUUCUUGCCAAUAAAAAGAAGGGAUAUCGUUGGGUGCCAUGGCUCACACCUGUAAUCUUAACACUGUGGGAGGCCAAGGCAAGGGGAUCACUUGAGCCCAGGAUUCUAGGACCAGUCUGGACAACACGGUGAGACCUCGUCUCUACAAAAAAUGCAAAAAUUAGCCAGAUGUGGUGGCAUGUCCCUGUGGUCCCAGCUACUCAGGAGGCCGAGGUGGGGGGAUCAUUUGAGCCUAGGAGGUCAAGGCUGCAGUGAGCCAUGAUUCACAGCACUGCACUGCAGCCUGGGUGACAAAGCAAGACCCUGUGUGAAAUGAAAAGGAGAUAUAUCAACUGUCGUAUCCUCGGACGGGCUCCUGACAUGGCUUUAAUCAGGAGUUUCCUCCAUAAACUAUGAUUUUCAGAAUAAUAAAACAAGAAUUAUGACUAGCAUUACUUUCCAGUGAACAUUAUUAUAUUGCUAGAGAGGAGAAUAAUCUUGGGUGGUGGGCAUUGGGAACAAGUGAAUUUCCUGGCCUUACCUCAUGUAAAUAGCUCUACUGCAGAGCUGUGUGUUAGUGACAGUGCAGUCAGGGGCGUUCCCACAGCUGUCACAGCACGGCCCAGCAUCGUUGGAGCCAGAUCCUAACAUGCCAACAUCACCUCUUGCCAUUUAGCCCCUAGUGAGAAAUGGGGAGCUAGCAGGCAGGUGCCCAGUGCAUUCAGGGAAGAUGGGCACAGCAUCAGGAUGUAUGUGUCCGGAAGCUCCUCUUCACUGACUGGGGCUGGGCAGGGCCACCCUGGGCUGGUGAGGCUGCCCUGCAGGGCUUCUCACUACGUAGCAGCAGUCACCAGCCCAGGUCACAGAAGAAGCCCCUCCCAGCACCCACUGGAGAGGGGAAGCUGAAGCCCAGGGAGACGGGCUCCAUGGUGGUCCUACAGGGAGCUGUUGUACAAACCCUGGAAAAGGUGGCUCUUCCUGUCCCGACAGUCUUCAGAGACAAAAAGACAGAGUUAAUCUUGAAUGAAUGUUAUUUCUACUUAGUCCUAAGCAAAAAUAAGCUGCCCUCUUGGUGAUCAUACUUUACGUUUGUACGGAGUGCUAUCAUUUAUGAAAUGCUUUCGGUAUGCUUUUUAAAUUAUGCAGGCAAAAUAACCACACUUCAGAAAAUGUGGACUUAUGAAAAAUAAAAUCCCCAUAAUUCUUAAUAAAACUGCAUUUUGCACUUUGAUACAUUA